GCCUCGCCCGUCUCCAGCCAACUCAGUUGUGAUUUGUCCUCGCAAGUUUAGGUGCUUUUUCCCUCCUCCCGUGCACUUUGAUCACGAAAAACGGACCUUUCAACGAAAAGAAGAGGUUGUUUUUCAUUUUUGGCCUGUAGUUGUCCUGUCACUGGUUUAAAGCUGUGUUUUUGUCCGUGAAUCCGAGGUCAACAAAGCCGGGAGAAGCUUACUUUCUAAUGGACCAGUAACUCAACUCCGCCGACAGCCUCCAUGCUGAUUUCCACACAGGCUGAGCUGGAAUGAGCCCGGUGGAGUGGAGGCGGCUGGGCGCUGCUUGUGGCUGGAGGAGGCUGCUGGCUGUGGCCAUGAAGCUCCCCUGCUCGCUCUACUGCUCCCUGUGGUUCCUCCUGCUGCUGGGAGCCGGAUCUCUGCUGCUGCUCGUCCACCUGCAGGACCUCACCGAGAUGGUCCAGCAGCAGACUCCAGGUGCAAACUUUGUGGUGGCUCCCAGGUGGCCCAUUCAGAAGGACUUUAACACAGAGAGCACAGCUCUCGGUAACGUUGACUCCAGGCAGAUUGAAGACACAAGGUUAGAAAACUCGCCCUCCGACCCCAACGUUCACCGGCCUUCUCUGGCUGUCCAGCAGAUGUCCAACUCAUCUCCUUCAAAGCCUAAAGAUGAAGCAGUCAGCCCCAAACAGCCUGUCACCAAACGCCACAGGAAACUGCUUCUAAAGAGCAACUUUGUGACAUCUAGUGCCCCUUUUGGUGAGGAGGACCAACAGCAGCAGAGGCUGGCCCUGAUGCAGGAGUCCCGUCGACGCCUGCUGAGGGAAGUCUGUGCCAAGUACCAACCUGGCGUCACUGAGCAGCUCGUCUCACACCGACAGGUGUCCCGGGUUUAUGUGGAGGACAGGUACAGGCUGCUGUACUGUGAGGUCCCAAAGGCUGGCUGCUCCAAUUGGAAAAGGGUGCUCAUGGUCCUUGGUGGUAGUGCCACCUCCACUCGAGACAUUCCCCACGAUGCAGCGCACUACGCCAACCACCUGCGUCGCCUGGAGAGCUACGACCGUGCUGGCAUCACCGAGAGACUCCACUCUUACACCAAGGUCCUCUUUGUACGGGAGCCCUUUGAGCGGCUGGUGUCGGCCUUCCGUGAUAAGUUUGAAAGCCCCAACUCUUAUUACCACCCUGUGUUUGGACGUCAAAUUAUCUCCAGGUAUCGAGCCAACGCCACAAGCACCGCCCUGCAGACGGGAGCCGGGGUCACCUUCAGGGAGUUUGUUCAGUACUUGUUAGACGUGCGUCGGCCAGUGGGGAUGGACAUCCACUGGGAGCCUGUCACCCAGCUCUGCAACCCCUGCCUUCUUAAAUACAACUUCAUUGGGAAGUUCGAAAGCUUAGCAGAAGAGGCGAACUUCCUGCUGCAAAGAAUUGGGGCACCGAGUAACCUCACCUUCCCUGACUUCAAAGACAGGAACCCCCUUGCAGAAAGGACUUCCUCCAAAAUUACCCAAAGCUACUUUGCACAGCUGAACUCCACAGAGAGGCAAAAGGCCUAUGACUUCUAUUACAUGGAUUAUCUAAUGUUCAACUACCCGAAACCCUUUAAGGACCUCUAUUAGACGCGGGGUCAGGAAGGGGGCGUGUCUUUGAAGCCAAGUUCCAUUGCAGCGGGGAAGCGCUGCAGUAGUGGCCAGACCACACACUUUGUACUGCAAAUAUAAAGCCACUAAAAAUGAAAGCAACCUCAGUUAUAAUUGCUCAAACUUUCAUCAUCAUACACAAAUGUGAUACUGUUUGGGGUGUUACAUUGUUCCAAUUAAUCAAAUGUUCAAAAUUUGGCCAGUAUCCCAUAAUUCACUGGAUUGUCACUGUCUUGGACAAAGAUCGCUGAACUGGGAUUAACUUGUCAACCCGAAUUACUGGGACAAGCCUUAGUACUUAGUGCUGCAAGAUCAUAGAGGUACAAAAACUGGCUUUAGGCUUUAGGAACAAACAAUAGAGGCGGCAUCUUUUUAUGUAUAUGUACUGUAUAUCAGUGCUACUAAAACACGGCGGUUGCCAGGCUGAGAUUGCUAUAGUGGAUGAACUUUGUGAAGACAUGUUCCUGUGGGCUUUCAAUAUGCACUGUAGACUCAUAAUUUACAAUGUGUGCUUAAUCAAAUUCCUGUCAUGUUUUUCUCUCCUGUUUUAUGCCUCAAAAUAAGCAGAGAGACAGUCAUCAUUACUUUUAGCCAGCAAACAGGUCAUCAUACUGCCGAGGACUAUCGACUGGCUGACCGUUUCACUCCCAACUGUUUCUGCCUUUUGUCUUUGUCAGGCAGUGCAACUCGUAAGAUCGAUUCAAGGAAACCUUUUGAAAAUGUGAUUUGUUGACUGAGGAGGAGCUCAUUCUUCCUCCUCGCAUCAUCAUGAGAUCCGACACCACCUGAACAAAAAUCUAAUGACAAAAUCUUAUUGUCAACCACACUUGAAAUUACUGCCGGUCUUCUUCUGUAGGGCAGUGGACCAUCACACUGCCACGGCCUUCAGUUAACUCACUUGAUUUUAACCCCAUUUACACAGUCUUGUGUUUAACAACAUGCAAUUUAAUGACUUCUGUGAAGUUCAUUUUGCAUUAAAUUGAACCUGUGGAAAAUGCCUCAAGCAUAAUAACACUGUUACUCGAUCAUUGUUGUAAAAUUAUUUUUUUCUGGUCAUUUGUUACAAAGUGAAACUACAAACAGAUUCUUACCAGCUGAAACACCAGUGAUGUUUGUUAGUUGGCAUGCCUUCAUGUCAGCCUUUAAGCCACACUUUUUGUUCUUUGGAGUUCAAAUAAAGGGCAAAACAUUACCUUUAAAUCUAUCCCCAAAAGAGUGAAUGGAAAAAGACAUUUCAUUUAAAUAUUCAAUUUUCAAUGUAACCGUCUUUCUGAGAAUCCCGUUUUCUCAUCCCGAAAGAAGGACUUCCUGUUUCAGCACUGAUGGCCGUCCAGCUGAAGCUCUCUUGUAAGUAACAGAAAAAUGUUCAGCAGAUAUGAAGAUGACCUCUAAGCCUUAACACUGCCAUUUCACCUGAUGCAUUUAAGUUUGUUGUUCUAACAUUGCUGUGAUUAUGAAUACUAUGAAUAAAUGUUGAAGACUCUUUUAGUAUAAAUUCAAAUGCCUGCUAUUUCUUUUCUUAUAAUUAUUUUUUCUUAAGUCACAAAGGAUAACAAGAUAUGUUGAAUUUCCUCAAAAAAAAUGGGAACCUGGACUUGUUUUUUAUAUUGGCAUAAUCUGCUUUGUUCGUAUGCAUUUGUGUGCUAAGGGUUAUUUUUGGACCUGUUUCGGAAGUGAAUGGAAAAAUAGAGGUACAUUAUUCUGGAUUAGCUGUCCAGAGCAGCACAAAUCAGCCAAUGAGGAGAUUACGCUGUCAUGUGGAUUUAUAUUACACCUAAUAAAGUUCAGUUUUGCUUAGCUGGAACAAUCCACCCUGAAACACAAUGGCAAAGGGAAAAAAAAAAACGCCUAUUUGGUUUGUUGGUGGCACAUUUUUCUUCGACCAAACAGAUGAUGUGAUGUCUCAUCUAGAUAUUUCCAAAAGCUGCAGUGAAGAGUUGUUCGUUUUUCCUGAAAAAACCUUGGAAAAAAAAUUUAAUUAAUUUUUACGAUGUAGACACCUUAGUGUCUUACAAUUUAUGGUUGCACAUAUCUUCCCUAUCCCUGUGAAAGAACAAUCCCUUGGUAUGUUUGAUUCCAAGUAGUUUGAUCCUACAUGCCAGAAAUAAUUUGUUAUAGAACCAUUAGUGUUAUGCAACCUUGACCCAUGUCCAGUGGUAUUAAUUAGCCAGUAAAAAAUUACUAAUUCCUUUCCUGUGCUUGUAGACUGAAGA